AUGGAGUACGCUCAGUACCAGCAGCACCAGGCCUCUCCCAUCGUCCCCCCCCAGCCGCACCCUCACUACCAGGGACAGCCUCAGCCGCAGCAGCAACCACCACAGCAACCACCACCGCAGCAGCAGCCGCAGCAGCAGCAGGGCCAGAUGAACUUCCCCCAGAGCUAUGCCCCCUACGGCAUAUCCCCCACCCAGGCGGCCGCCAUGGCCACCGCCGCGGCCACAGGACAGUUCUUCCCCCUGCACCAGGACUCGCCCCGUCUGCCCAUCAAGAACGAGAGGCCGCCCCGGCAGUCCCCCCCGCAGCCCGCCCACGCCCAGCCCGCCGCCCAGAGACGCAUGUCCCAGCAGCUCACCGGCAGCCCUCACUCCCUCCCCCGACAGGCCCCUCCCCAGCCUCAGCAGCAACCGCAGCAACCCCAGCCACCACCACAGCAACAACCACCACCACAGCAACCACAGCAACCACCACAGCAACAGCAGCAGCCGUCGCCGGAGCUGGCUCCUCCGGCGCCCCCCGCGGAAGAGUCUCCCCUCUACGUCAACGCAAAGCAGUUUCACCGCAUCCUCAAGCGCCGUGUGGCCCGCCAGAAGCUCGAGGAGCAGCUCCGUCUCACCUCCAAGGGACGCAAGCCCUACCUCCACGAGUCUCGCCACAACCACGCCAUGCGCAGACCCAGAGGGCCCGGCGGCCGCUUCCUGACCGCUGACGAGGUCGCCGCCAUGGAGAAGGCCCAGGGCGGCUCUGCUGCUGCCUCCUCCUCGCCCGCCGUCACCAACGAGAACGUCUCCAAGGACGUCGUCGGCCAGAAGAGGAAGAGCAUAGCAGAGAUCUCCUCCCCGGGCUCAAAGAAGGCCAAGACCUCGCCGCUCCGGACCGCCAACGCCAACGCCGCGCCCCCAGCAGGGCCCCCCGCAGACGCCAGCGACGAGGCCGAGGCUGACGAGGACGGUUAG